CUCAGACAACAGACAGUGUCAGAAAGUCAGAAUUGUCAUUAGACUAGUUUAAAUUUUAUUUUUAUUUUAUUUUACACAAGUUUAGUUUUAUACAUAGUUAAAGUUUAAUUGGUUGAUUUUAUAAUGUUAAACAUAUUUAUGUUGUUUGAGGGGAGGAAAGACCUUUUAAUCGGUCUGUCGUUAUCUGUUCUAUACCUAACCUAUUACUUGGUGGAAGUGGUCAAGCGGCCGCUGCUGGUGUGCGGCGCAGGCGAGUUCCGCGCGCUGCUGGCGUCGCUGCCGCUGCUGCAGGCGCGCUACUGGCCCACGCCGUGGUGCGUGGAGGCGCGCCUGCAGACCGUGCUGGGCUCCGUGUUGCGCUCGCGCCUGCUGCCGGCCGUGCGCUACCGGCGGCAGCUGCUGGCGCUGGCCGACGGCGGCACGGUGGCGCUGGACUGGCUGGAGGACGCGGCGCCGGCGCCCGCGCCCGUGCUGCUGCUGCUGCCGGGGCUCACGGGCGGCGCGCAGGCGGACUACGCGCGCUGCCUGGCGCUGGCGGCGCGGCGGCUGGGCGCGCGCUGCGUGGUGUUCAACCAGCGCGGGCUGGGCGGCCUGCCGCUGACGUCGCCGCGGCUGUACUGCGCCGUGAGCCACGCGGACCUGGCGGAGGUGGUGCGGGCGGUGCGCGCGGCGGCCCCGGGCGCGCCGCUGCUGGCCGUGGGCGUGUCGCUGGGCGGGCUCAUCCUGGGCCACUACCUGGCGGAGCAGGGCGAGCGCGCCGACGUCGCCGCCGCUCUCAUCGUCUCCUCGCCUCUCGACGUCGUGCAAGGGUCGGCGUGCAUCGAGAGCUGGCCGCUGAACGCGCUGCUGUCGUACCACAUGGCGUGCAACCUGCGCAGCACAGUGGCGCGGCACGGGCUGGGCGCGGGCGCGGCCGUGCGGCGUUGCCGCUCCGUGCGCGAGUUCGACGCCGCCUUCACGGCGCAGCACUUCGGGUUCAAGUCGGUGGACGCGUACUACGCGGCGGCGUCGCUGCACGACAAGCUGGGCGCCGUGGCCGUGCCCACGCUGUGCCUGCAGGCCGCCGACGACCCCUUCCAGCCGCUGCACGUCCUGCCGCUGUCGGCGGCGGCGGCGUCGCGGCGCGUGGCGCUGGCGGUGCCGGCGCGCGGCGGGCACAUCGGCUUCCUGGAGGGCUGGUGGCCGCUCGGCGAGCAGUACAUCGCGCGCCUCGCCCGCCAGUACUUCGCCGCGCUGCUGUCGCGCCCCGACCUGCUGCACGCGCCCCCCGCCCCCGCCGCGCCCCCCGCCGACCCCGCCCCUGGGUCGGCGACACACACGCACUAGCAGCCCGUAUUCCACAAGAGCUUUGCUCCGCAUCCAAGUGCCUUCGCUGAACAUGUGAUAGAUAAAGAUAAUAUGUAGUAGGAUUGAGGUUAACGAUAUGAGGCGUUUGGUUUGAUAGCUUUUGCUUAAAAUUAACAAUCGACGACGCUUUAAACUUUUACAAAGACGAAAAUUAACAAUCGACUGACGAUAGGGGCUAUUAUAGUUAUGCAUUUAAUUGUAUAGGUACAUAAGCGUUGGUAGUUGAGAAUUUAUUAUUAUUAGGUGAUAAUAGUUAUUAUUAUUUACACUUUACACUCCUAAUGAAGUGCACUUAUAGCUUGCUCGCCAUUAACUAAGUAUUUUGCAACGAGCGCAUUAAGGUUUUACAUUAUUGACAGUUGUGUUUUAUCAGGGUUGUCACUUUAGGAUUAAGAUUGUUAUAGAGCCUUCACGACCUGAUUAGUGGCAGUGUUGUUUGAGUAUUGAUUGGAGGAGCGAUGACUGCACCAUGUAGAGUUUACCUGCUAGUAGUUGAGUGCACAGACACAGUGACACAGAUAAGACACGCGGAGCGCCGGCUGGUCCAGUCACUGGUCGCCGGCGCACCGCAGCGCUCGCGGGGAUUGUCCAUGUGGUGUGCCUCGAUGUGAGCGAUUGUUUUAUUGACAUAAUAAUUUUAAAUAGAUUUAGGACAGAUCUUUCUAUAGCCAGAUAUAUUUUUUGUAUCAGUAAAGUAAUUUUGAUGCUGUUUCGUCUGAUUUUAUAUUUUAGAAAGAGUUUCAGUUAGCAACAAAAUUUAUCUGAUAUCAUCACGACCCAUUAUGUCCCCACUGCUGGGGCACGGGUCUCCUUCCAAUGAAGGCAGGAUUUAGGCUUAGUCCACCACGCUGGCCAAGUGCGGGUUUGUGGACCCCAACACAAGCAAAUUCUCUGAUAAUGUUAAGAUUUAUCUGACUAUAGAAAAAUUUGCCCUAUACUUUAUUGAUUUCCUAUUUUACCACUGUAAGAUAAUUCUGUGAUAUAAAAAUAUAGUUCAAUUUAUGUAAUUCUUAUCACAUAUCAAAUCGUUAGUGCUCUCGUCCAAUCAGAAAAGAGAACAAUUUGUUAUUGUUAUUUGUUAAUUUAUAUAUUAGUUAUAUUCUAUAUACAUAUUAUUAUACAGCUACUUUAACUUAAUUUAAAUUACGAUUACAAUUAAAUAACUUUAAUUUAUAAUGUGAGAGAUUUGAACAUAUAGUGUUUCUAAUGGGGAAGAAAACCAAGUGAAACUUUGGCAGCACAAUCGAGUGUGCCUUUCAGGUUCUGUCCAAUUACAUUAUUGGGGAGAAAAAAAUGGCGAUUGGACCAACCAAUUAGAAUUGGGGAAUCAGGCACACUCGCUUAAGGCGCCAUCUGUAAUUAGCUUUAAGUUUUUCUCCCCUCUAUGACAAGAUAACAUCACAUAUCAUAGUAAACAUUUUAUGUAAUAAUAAUAAAUAACUGUUAUUUUACAAAUAAACGCACUCACUGAA